CACCCCAUCCCGCCUCUAUGGGAAGGGGGCUCGCGGUGAGGGAAGGUAAUGCGCGCGGAUCAAGGGGCAGACGCUUCGCUAAGUAUAAAUAGUGUGACUUCAAUAGUGAAUCGGCAGCAAGUCUGUAUACACUCUCCGCAACAAGAGGAAUUGUCAAAGAUCUCAUCAUCACACCAUCAUCUCGCAUUUAGGCCGAUAGAAAGAGAGAGAGCGCGCGCGCUGUUCCCGUUCUUAUGGUAGUCUGCUAAGGAUCUAAAAGGAAGAUUGUGUGGGGCUUUUUUUUUUCUUCUUCUUCGUUCUUCUUGGGUGCAGUGAUGGAAGAACUUACAGCGUUUGUCUCUAAAUCUUUUGAUCAGAAAGUGAAGGAGAAGAAGGAAGUGAUCACGUACCGGGAGGUGUUGGAAACCGGUUCGGUGAGGAACCGGGAGAGUCUGUCGGCGGAUCCAAACCGCGAGGAAAUCAGCAGCAUCACGCGGAGCGGAGUGCGCUCAUCGCCGGUCAGGGAAGCGGACAUGCUCGCGUCAGAGAGAAGCAGAGACUCGAGCAGUCCUAAACUUACAGACGGUAAUACAGAUAUGAAGGAACGCAAAGAGGAUUGUAAGCCGCUGGAGGAUGAGACACAGACUAAAAUCAAGCAGAGAAGGAGUCGGACUAACUUUACCCUUGAGCAGCUCAAUGAGCUGGAGAGACUGUUCGAUGAAACGCACUAUCCGGACGCCUUCAUGAGAGAGGAGCUGAGCCAGAGACUCGGGCUGUCGGAGGCCAGGGUGCAGGUUUGGUUUCAGAACCGAAGGGCUAAAUGCAGAAAGCAGGAAAAUCAGUUGCAUAAAGGGGUUCUCAUCGGAGCGGCGAGCCAGUUUGAAGCAUGUCGCGUGGCUCCAUAUGUCAACGUGGGAGCUCUGCGCAUGCCCUUUCAGCAGGUGCAGGCGCAGCUGCAGCUGGACAGCGCCGUGGCUCACGCGCAUCAUCACCUGCACUCGCACCUGGCUGCGCAUGCGCCGUACAUGAUGUUUCCCGCGCCGCCGUUCGGGUUGCCCCUGGCGACGCUCGCAGCGGAAUCCGCGUCGGCGGCGUCGGUGGUGGCGGCAGCCGCCGCCGCGAAAACCACCAACAAAAACUCCAGCAUCGCGGAUCUGAGACUGAAGGCGAAAAAGCACGCCGCGGCUCUGGGACUGUGACGUCACAUUGCAUUGAACGACGGCAUAUCGACGUUAACCACAGACAAUAAACGCAAAUUUUCGUAUGAAGGACACGCAAGAAGGAGAGGCUAUUUAUAAAGACAAACUGUGAAAUGGAGAAACAUUUCGUGGAUCUUCACAAGGAUGGAAACAACUGCAAGAUGCAGAACUAUACGAGAAAAUAAAGCUGAACUUAAAGCGAACAGAACUUUUUUUUUGUGCAGAACACGAGAGGUUUGAAUCCGAAAAUAAUGAUAUAAAGCAGCUGGGACAGUUGUGUGACAACGCGGACAUUUCUGCUUUAACACGUUAUUAGUAAUUAAUGAAAAUAAAGAGGCUGGCCUCGUUUAUUUGAAACAAAGUUUCUUUGUGGAUAUUUGUGAAAUAUUACAGAAAUACCUUUUGUUGCCAAAUCAUGAAAACUCCAGUGUUAAAAACCCCCCAUUUCCGUCCUCACGGAUGACACACACUUUACAUGCUCUCUGGUUUAUGAAACUAAAUAAAUGAGCAUUAAAUGAAACGACGACCAUUUCCCUUGUUGUUAAUAAUCAGUGUGUUGUGGAUAUAACCCAAUCUUAUCAGGUAAUUUAUUCAGUGGAGUGUCUAAUUUCACUUGCAUCCAUGCCUAAUUCUUAUUAUGAGCACACAUGGCUUUCAUUAUUGGUGUAUAAAUCAAAUCCACAUGUAAAAUACCCAUGUUUAUGCCAACAGGAAAAUAUAUAUUUAUAUUAUUUUGGUGCUUUAAUGCUUCAUUGAGGCAUUGUGAGGGCAUCCUGGAUUUCCUUACACUGCUUAUUUCUUCUUGUCCAUCUCUUUCCCGGUGUGUACAACCAUGUGAAUCUCAGAAAAAAAAUGUAAUGUUCAUGUUUUUUAAGGGAGUUAUAAAAGGACAUCGACUGCGGGCACUCAUUUGAUGAUAUUUAUGAUUUUACCAUGACUGUGAAACGUGAGCUGCAGCUAAACACAGUGUUUUCGAUUUAUAAAAUAAAUGUUAAAAACAC